AUGUUUUUUCCUCUUUUUCUCAUUGCAGCACCUCCUCUUUUCAUCUCACUCUUUCUUUUUCUCUCCCUCUCUCUUUUUCCCUCUUUCUCUUUUUGUCUCUUUCUCUUUUUAUCCUUCUCUCUUUAUUCUCCCUCUCGCCCUCCCUUUGUUUUAUCUCUCUCGCCCUCCCUUUGUUUUCUCCCUCCCUUUGUUUUCUCCCUCCCUUUGUUUUCUCCCUCCCUCUGUUUUCUCCCUCUCUCUGUUUUCUCCCUCCCUUUGUUUUCUCCCUCUCGCCCUCCCUUUAUUUUAUCCCUCUCGCCUUUGUUUUCUUCCUCUCUUUGUUUUAUCCCUCUCACUCUCAUACUUUUUCUCUCUCCCGCUGGUUUUUAUCUCUCUUUCUCUCUUGUUUUCUCCCCCAUCUGUCAUUUCUCAUUACUCUUUUUCCUAUUUCCUCUUUCACUCUUAGACCCUCCCCCACUAGCCCUAACCCUUCCCACUUGUUUUACCUCUUUUUCACCAUUCUUUCUUCAUUUCAAUCACCUUCUUCUCUCCUCCUCCUCUUCCUCCAUCCUCUGUCUACUUUCCUCUUCAUUUUCAUCACUUUCUCUCCCUCCCUUCACUACUUACACUUUCCCUCCCACCUUCUCAUUAUUUCUUUGUCCUUCUCAGGCUUCUCCUUACUUCUUCUCCAUUGUGCCAAAUAGGAAUGCCACUCCAUGCACAAAGACAAAUUGGGGAUUCACUCCUCUUUCUCACUGCCUUAACGACUGCUACUCGGCCCUUCAACCAGCCAACCAAAUGGCAGUUUCAAAUUGUUCCAUGCCAAUUUUUUUCUUCAACCUCCAACUCAUAUUAAUCACACCAGGAAUCUUUCUUGAUUCUGAAUAUAUUUAUAUUGAUAUCGUUUAUGAUAACAUUGAUGACGAUGACAACUUGAUAUGA